UCGACCAACAGCCUUUUGAAACGUGUAAAUGUUUAUCUAUCUGCCGGUGUCUUUUGAACAAAUUUAAAAGGAUAUCGUUGGCAGAUAAGUAUCUCAUUGAAUUAAUUGACUCAGUUAAAAUUUCGGUAAUUUUUUAAUAUUAAAAAUCUGUUUAUUUAUGUUACAGAAUAUUAAGUUGUGUGAAAAUCAGUGAUAUGCAUCUGUGUUAAGAGAAUAACAGGGUAGUAGUUAAAAUUCAAUGGUUCAACACUUGUCCUGUGUUUAAUUUAAAUUAAUAAGCAUGCAAUCAGUUUUCUACAUAACUUUCGUGCUAUUUAUUAUAACCUCAAACUGUUGUACUGCAACAGAAUCUAUUGAAAAAAUAAAGAGGGAUAAGGAGCAAAAAACUAGACUACCCCCAUGUAGAGCCUGUAAAAUGUUCGUCGAUUCGUUCAAUAAAGGAUUGGAGAGAACUUCAAAAUAUAAGUUUGAGGGUGGUGAUGCUGCCUGGGAAGAAGAAAAAUUAGGCAGCUAUGCUCAUAGUGAAGUCAGAUUUGUAGAAAUUCACGAGAAGUUAUGUUCGGACGUUAGUGAAGGGAGGGAUCAAUGCUAUCAGUUACUUGAAGAAUAUGAUGAGGAAUUAGAAUCAUGGUGGUUUAAGCAACAGAAACAAGAGCCAAACCUUUUCAACCAUCUUUGCAUCAACACAAAUGAGGUGUGCUGCCCUGAAAACCACUUUGGUAGGACUUGUACUCCUUGCCAUGGAUACCCCAACAACAUAUGUAAUAAUAACGGGAAGUGUAAAGGUGCAGGGACCAGGAAAGGAAAUGGGAUGUGUCAUUGUGACACUGGAUACAAAGGAGAUGUCUGUGAUAUCUGCUCUGAUGGCUUUUAUGAAUCUUACAGAGAUGAUAAGAAGGUUCUUUGCUCACCAUGUCACAUAUCAUGUGAUGGAACUUGCUCAAAAGCUGGACCAGCUGGCUGUGAAAAAUGUAAAGAAGGAUGGGAACACAGAGGUGAAAGGGGAUGCGUUGAUGAUAAUGAAUGCUUGACAGAAAAAUCUCCUUGUAAAAAAUCAGAAUUUUGUAUAAACACAGAAGGAAGUUUUAAAUGCUUGGACUGUCACAAGUCUUGUUCUUCUUGCACAGGUGAUGGUCCAGAUGAAUGCUUAGAAUGCGCUUCAGGAUUCAGGAAAAAGGGCAACAUCUGUGUUAGUGAAAAUGAUGAAGAUAGGAAAAAGUAUGUCACAUUCUCUAGAUAUCUGACAUAUUUUGGGCUGUGUCUUUGUACCUGUAUUAUAUCAAAUAAGAAUAUCUAUCUGGCAGCUAUUGUGGGACUUUGUGUAGGAAUCUACAUAACACUGUCUGAAUAUAUGUUAAGCUCUUCAGAUGGUCAUAAGACUGACUUAAGAGAACAACUAGCUGAGCAGUUGAAAAAAUCCUUUGGUUCCAAUUGAUUAUCUGAAUGAUACAAAAAGCAUACUAUAAAACCAUAGAUUUUAAAAUAAUGUUCCAUACCUACUUUCCACUAUCUUAAUGUGAACAUGCUGUAUAACAUUAUUUUUCAUUGGCUUCCAAGUAUUGAAAGAAUAGAAUUUUUUUUUAAUCA